AUGGCAAUUGCCAAGAUUGUGUUGGUUGGUUGGAGUUUGCUAGAAACACAUGUGAAGUCAAAUUUGUAUGUUGUAAAUCAUCAUCAUGAGAGUGUUUUAGAGUUUAAAGAUAUUCUAUACUAUAGCAUGUAUGACUUUGAUGUCGUUUCGAUCAACUAUGAUAAUACAAGUGCCAAUGUUAUGCUUGAUACUGCUGGUGUAUCGGCAACAAUUACUUAUGUCAAAUUGGUAGAUAGUGUAAGAGGUGGAGCCUACCAAUCAAAGAGUCUUACAAAGCCAGCCGACAAAAAUAUCGUAUUCCCAGUGACCAUGGAUUUGAUUUUCACUGGUACUAUCUCUUUCUGCAAUGCCAAAGAUGUCUGUGCUGGAACCGCCAAGUGGAAUCCACAUGUAGUAGAUGCUAUUAAUAUUUAUUCCAACGCCACUGUUGUCGUAUUUGGAAAAUACCUUAACAAUACAGCAAAGAAUGAAAUUACCAUCAACUCUAACAUUAAAAUGAAAUCGGUAGUUUCAGAUUCGGAUACCAAUACUUUCCAAGAUAACACCGGUGCUUUACUUGCUCUAGUUGGAAGUGGUCCAUUCAACGCUGACUUUAACGUUAGAUUGGAUGUUUUCAAUUAUAAAAAUGCUGUUAAAAUUGCUGAUAUUAUCAAGGGAAGUAGUGAUGAAUCUAAGAUCUAUAUCACUACUUUUGGUAUUUCUACCGAUCCAUCAAAGGUUUCUGUAACAAUUGAUACCAAGUCAGUUACCUUUGUCAUUGUCAAUGAUUCUAUGAUUACUGUUGACAUCCAAGCAAAUAGUGUCACUCUCGGCAAAAAGACUGUAGUCGUUACCACUCCAACUGUUACCAAAACAUUGGUAUUCACUGUUGCUUUACCAAUGACAAUUACUUCUUGUACACCACCAUCAAUUGGUGGAGGUCCAGUUCAAAUCAUUGGUACCAAUUUCCCAGAUACACCAUCCAUUCUCAUCGGUGUAUAUCCAUGCAAGAUUGACACUUCAAACAGAACCUCCAUUAAUUGUAAAUUGGAUAAACUAACCAAUGACUCGCUUCCAUUGGCAAACGUGAAGGUUACUAUUACUUUUGAGGCAACCAAUACCAUCUCUACUUUUGCCGUGUCAUUCACUGAUAUUCCAACAAUUACCGAUAUCUCAAUGGCUCCAGUCGUUGGUGGUAAUGUUACCAUCAAAGGUACCAACUUUAAGACUCCAAUCAUUACUGGAUUCAACUCUCAACAAUGUACCUAUUUGUCAUCGAAUGCCACCCAAAUCAUUUGUAAAGCUGCCAGUGGCUCUGGUAGCAAGCAAGUGGUCUCCUUGCAGUCUGCAGGUUUCAACUGCACCAUGAUUACCAGAUCUUUCUCAUACAUGCCACCACAUGUUACUGCUACUAGCAACAUGACCGAUGCUGGUGGUGUCCUUAAAGUCAACGGUACCAACUUUGCCAUGAAGGGAUUGGAAAUUAUCCUCAACGGAAACUACACCUGUCCAAAGCCAGUCUAUGUAAAUGACACUAUUGUUACUUGUACUGUCGAUGGUGGAUAUCUCAAGAAAUUGAAUCAAUACAAUAAUACUCUCUUUGUUACCGUCGUCUCAGAUGGUCAAAAUGGUACUGCCAAAGUAUUCUCAUACACUCAAUUUGUUAAUCAAACCGUAGAACCAUCACCAACUCCACAACCAAGUUUAGGUGUAUCAUUUGCAGAACAUAGCAAACAUCAAAACACAUCAAACAUCAUUCUAUUCAUUUCUUUUAAAAUAAUAAUCAUUUAG